GCCGAGAAAAUACAAUAAUAAAACGGCGUCCUAUCUACCUCCACAUUAUACUAUACAAUGAGCAAUGCUAAAUGCGAUUAUAUGAAAUAUUGUGGUGUUCGAAGUAAUAAAGACAUGUCAAUAGAUUAAUCAAGUUGUACUAAGUAGUAUGCGGAGGCCUGUACAACAAUAUACUCCCACCGUAGGCCUACAUUUGAACAAGCACGAAAGUAAUUGUCCCCACCGUCGAAAUGCAUGUAGAUAACACAAACACAAAACGAAAAUUAUCCAGUAGCCAUUUCGGAAAUUAAAAACGCAAUUAAAGGGCUGAGAUGUUAAAUUCAUAAUCCGACUCUUUUAUCUAAGAUUUCUCCGAUCCGCUUUCGAUCGACAUGUGACCUGAAUUAACGUCAAUGCGCAAGCAUCAUUUGUGGUUCAAUGCGUCGACCCAUGAAAACAAUAAUUUGGAUUAAUUGUAUGAACAUGCGCGAGGAUCGCAUGCACACAUAAAGAAGAACGUUGGUUGGUUGUUGAUAUUAAAACUCCAUAUGUUCCCAUUCAUUUCCCUGCAACCAUCUGAAGACUUACACAGACGACAUCUGCAAUGGCUGGAACUUUUCGCCGUAUUUCUGUCUCGCAAGAAGCCAGUUUUACCCCAAAGGAUCAUGGUCCAAUCUGUGGCAAUCACCCUAUCCCAAUCCAUACAGUUAAAAAGGCCGAACGGGAAUUGAAUGAGACUCCGGAACGAAGACAGGCAGAAGUCGCAAAACUUAGGGAAAUCAUCGAAACAAGAUUUCAAGAAGCGACAGAAGAAAACAAAAGUGAGGCGACCGGGGUUCGAACCCGGUUCGCAAGCACCGGUGAUGCCGAACUUAUCAAGUUUUUGCGAGCGAGAAAAUUCGACUCCGAGAAAGCUUAUCAACUCAUGAAAGGUUACGUAAAGUACAGCAUCAAGCACCCAGACGUAGUGAGUGACGUGAAAGCGAAGGACGUUCGCCAAUGGAUGGAAAAAGGACGACCAGGCGUUUUACCUACCCGGGACUCCCAGGGCAGAGUAAUUCUCUUCUUCCGUUUGGAUGGCUGGGACCCUGAAGAUCUUCCAUUCACUGAAGUCAUGCAAGGUUUCGUAUACGUACUCGAGAAACUGCUGGAAAGUGAGGAAACUCAAAUUAAUGGGGUUUGUCUCGUUGAAGAUUUUAGUGGCUACACACUCAACCAUGUGUCCGCUGUUGGAAUUAAUGAAUAUCGUCAAAUGAUCGAUAUGUUGCAGGGAUCUUUUCCAUGUCGUUUCAAAGGCAUUCACUGCAUUCGACAGCCGUGGUUUUUUGCCAAGGCUUUCGGUAUCAUUCAACCUUUUCUUAAAGCAAAACUCUUUGAAAGGAUCCACGUACUCGGUGAGGAUCUUGAACCGUUCUACAACGAAUUCCGUAAAGAUAUCUUGCCAGAAGAACUUGGGGGUAGCGGUUCUGCCUACGAUGGAAAAGCUGUUGCAGAAAUGGUGCUAGGACCGAAAACGGAGGACGAAGACGAGGAUACGGCAUUGUAAUUGGAAAGAUUUGAUUAAUAAACCUGGUUUCAAGCGUUAUUUCCACCCUACACGUUGUCUGUACACAUCAGUAUUCGUAUUUGUCGUCUCGAUAUAUAGGCCUACACACAUUCCUGAAAAUAAAUGUUAUCCUGUAUGUACCACAAAACA